AUGUCGGCAAAGGGAGUGCCAGCGAAAGGAGAAGACGGCUCUACAGAUGGAGAACGUCGUGCUGGUUUGCGAUACCACAAGCCAGUCGACUACGUCCGCGCUGCUCAAGGGUUCACCACGGACCCUGUGGACGAUGAUAUGUAUAUCGAUGACCCGUCAGCCACCCAAGCGGAUGUGAUGAAUGAAGAUGCUGACAUGGAGGGUCUGGUGAACGAGGACGAGGUCUACGACGCAGGCGCAGACGCCACAGACGGAGACGCCGCAGACGGAGACGCCGCAGACAGAGACGCCACAGACGAAGACGCCGCAGACAGAGACGCCGCAGACAGAGACGCCGCAGACGGAGACGCCGCAGACGGAGAAGCCGCAGACGGAGAAGCCGCUAUUGCUGACGCCACAGCAGACGCAGAUGUAGCGACAGACGCCGCACACGGAGUUGCCGCAGACGGAGACACCGCAGACGGAGAUGCCGCUAGCGCAGACGCCGCAGGCGGAGACACCGUUAGCGCAGACGGCGUACACUCACGAACUACGGCACCUGUCGAAAAAAGACCUGCUAGUCAAGUCAGCCUCGAUGCGGUUCACCAGUUUGUGGCAAUCACCCGACAGAACGCCGAAGCUGAAACUGCUACAAUCAAUUCCAGAACAAGUUGUCAGUCAACUGCGGGGUCGAAGUCAAAACCGCAAAAGAAAAAUUCUCGAACGGAUUCAACCGCACGGAAUAAAACAGCUCCAUCCAGUGACAUUGACAUCGCCACCUCCACUUCGGUGAAUCCGGGCGUGAAGCCCGGAUUAACGAAGUAUUACCCGACAAAAGCCGCGGUCACGGUAAAAUCUACGGAAGAACCACCCAGUGUGAAGAAUGAUUACCCCCCAAAAGCUGCUGUAAAGGCAGAAGCGCACAAGAAAAUAUCGAAAAACGUUGGAACACAAGGAGGCCGUCUGGAAGUGCUACGUAUUCCAAAACCCAAACCACGAAGCAACCAACGAAAAAAACUAAAGCAAGCUCGGCUGGAGAAACCCGCAAAGCCUAAUGAGCUAGCCAUUAUUACGUUACCGGACAUACAUGUGCCAUCUGUGUCUCGCGUCAUCGUGUGGGCAACAAAUACUUCCGACCAGAAUCGUGUCAGCGAGAUCUUGGCAGGUUACCCAACGAUCUUGGACGACGAUUUCAUGAAUGCGCGUGUUGCACACAGCUGUCGAGAGUCUGUGUCUCCCAAGGACUACGUCUACAACUUUGUAAUUCCCAAACCGCUAGUAAUUAAGCUGAAAGCGGUCAUUGAAGCAGAACGGAAGAAGCGACCCAAGUCGAAGUAUUUCAACCCCGUGGUUGAGCACCAGGACAGCAACACCGAAGCAAAUUAUUGCAUAUUUUCCUGGUGGAACGGCCACGAUUUACAAGGCGCCGUUAAGGUCGACACGCUCGUUGGAAUGCUUGCGCGUGACAGAAUGCUCUCUGAUGUCAUUAUCAAUUUCAGUGUUCGAUGCAUCUGCGAUGCGCUGGGAGAUUGUUACGCAUUGGAUUCAUUUUCUCCAACUAUGGGCUGUCCGAAACCACCACCGUCACGGAUUUCAAGCUUCCACUACCUUGUGUUGCCUCUGCAUUUAAGCAACAUCCGUUGGGGUGUCGUCAUCGUCGCCAUUGCUUACAAAAGAGAAGAUCCGUGCUUUACACCCUACUACUACGAGUCAAUAGCUUCGCAGCACUGUUCGAGCGCCACUGAGAACGACAUCACGUAG